CAAGGCCACAUGUCAAGGUCAUCCAAGGGGAGGGUUUGAUUUUUGUUGUCUCCCAGCAUCCCGCAGCUGGGGGAAAACGUUUGGAUUUUCGGAAUUUUAAUUAUACAAAAGAUGCAGUUCGCCCUGCCCCCGCGCAAGCCCUCGCAUCAUGUCCCAUAUACGCGGCUCUCUCACUCCUCAAUAGCCCGUCGCCGCAAGUUGAAAGCAGGUGCCAUAUUGGCUUUCAUUGCAUUCUCGUUCCUUUUCUUGUUUUCUCGACUCUUCUCGCCGUCUUCGUUGCCUGUAUCUUCAGGAGAGGUCGUACCGGCUGGGGUGACCAAUAUAGUCAUUGUCACCGUCUUGGAUGAGGACAGUCUCAGCGACAAAUAUAUUCAGCGCAUUAAGCAGAAUAGAGAAGAUUAUGCCAAGCGCCAUGGCUACACGAACUUUUUCGCAAGCACCAAAGAAUACCUUCCCUACCUAAACGGCGCACCUCGCAGCUGGACUCUAAUCCCAGCUCUCCGCCAUGCCUACACCCUGUAUCCGAAGGCGUCUCACUUCUUCCAUCUCUCCCCGCAUGCUGUCAUCAUGAACCCUUCCCUCUCUCUGACCUCCCACAUCCUCGAUAACAAUCGACUUGAAUCUCUUAUGAUCAAGGAGAAAUCGGUAGUGCCGCCGGAUAGCGUGAUCAAGACAUUCGCCCACUUAAAAGCAAAAGACGUGGACUUGAUAAUCAGCCAGGAUGCGGAGAAUCUAUGCCCUGGCAGCUUUAUCUUGCGACGAACGGAUUGGACUCGGUACUUCCUGGACGUGUGGUUCGACCCCUUAUAUCGGAGCUAUAAUUUCGCAAAAGCGGAAAUCCAUGCUCUGGAUCAUAUCAUCCUAUGGCAUCCGACACUCCUUGCAAAAUUAGCCCUCAUCCCGCAACGUAUUUUCAACUCGUAUACGACGGAAUCCCCUUCAUUAGUGCCAGACAGCCUGUUCAAUGACGGAGACUUUAUUAUUCGAUUCUUGGGUUGCGAUUUGCCCAAAGCCAAAAAAACCUGCGAGGAGCAGAUGGAGAUUUACUGGACGAAAUGGGCCCGGGAAACAAAUAACGCGAAUCUAUGAACGUAAUUAUUUUUAUGAUUAUUUUCUCUUUGUCUUUCUCCCUCUUUGUUGAGAAGAAUUAGUAUCGAUGGGAAUGCGAACUUUACCUGUCCUCUGAACGAUGUUCUAAAUCGUUGAGCGCCUUUUCUUUUCCUUUCUCCUUUUGUUCGUUUCCUUAACUUCUGAAUUUCGGUUUUUGUAAUUGGAUUAUCAUUUAAAAUAAUAUGUGAAGAUGAAGCAAACAGGUGGGAAGGGAAACUAUUAUCAACCCUAUGGGUGCUAAAUGGCUCUAUUGUUGUUGUCGUGUAUUUCUAAGCUCUUUUUUUUUGGUUCAUUUCAACUACCCUGUUUUAAGUACCACCAUAUACAACGUUGAGAUUCUUUUUAUCUCCCCUUCUAACGAUGCUACCAUCAAGUUUUGCCC